AUGGCGGACAAGGAGAAAUGCCGUGAGGAAUGCAUCACGGAGCUUUCUUCGUUUUUGACAGAAACUGCACGCAAAGUGGAAUCUAUACUGCAGAAACUAAAGUGGAAGAAGGAAACACUGUUAAAAGAGGUAUUUAAAAAUCAGCUAAAUGGGGAGAUCACAUUAAUAAUGAGGACCAAAGUAACUGACAACAGUAAUGUUCUAUCUGUGUAAUCUCUCACUCAAGGCUAACAAGUCAAAAAUAGUCCAUUGCCCAGUGAACCCAAGUCACAGAAUAUCCACCUCAAGGUUCGAGAAACAUUUGAGUGUAUGUCAGUAUACAUCCAAGGGACUGAAACCUCAGGUAAAGCUGCCAUAUUAAAAACUGAAUUGUAGCCAUAAAUAAUAAUAACAGCAUGUUAUACCCUAGUAUUAAGAAAAGAAAAUGAAACAGAAAAUUUGUGCACAACAGCUAUAUGUGCCAUGCAUGCGUUCUUCCGCAAGAGAAACUAAUUAGGGAAACAAAAAUAUGUAUAUGUUGGAGGUCAAAAGUAAAUUCAAGUUAAAAUUUGUAAACCUACAAUAGGUUAAUUCUAUAAUUUCCUUUGUCCCUUAGCCUUAAUUAUUCAUGAAUUAGGACUAGGAUAUCCAGUACAAAGGAAAUUUAGAAUCGAUCUACCAAACGUUAAAACAUUUAAACCUGGAUGUGAUCUUGGCCUAUAAGAUAUAAAGGUAAUAUAUUUGUACAGUGCAGUUUUUAUAUCACCCUCUUGGAAGGUGUGUAUCAACUCAUGUGCUAUGUGCUAAUUCCUUCUUUUCACCAAGCAAUUCUUUAUCUUGUAGAAUGUAAAGCCCUAAAAACUGCAAGUAUCACGGCUCAAAAUUAUUGUGUAAUUAAAUGGUCCAUUGUAUUGCUGAGUAACAUGUGAACAUCUUGUUUUGUGUUUUUCUUGGCAUUUGAGUGUCUCAUGAGAUAUACAUCGUGAUGGUAAAUAAACUGAAAGAAGUGAUUCUUUCUUGUUUUUGAAAUUCUAACCCGGACCAGGGACCAGAGGUGCACCAUGAAAAUAUGGAACAACUCGGCGCAGUUACAGUGAUUUUGUUACAAAUAGUUAUCGCGAGUCCUGGGACUCAUUUUGUGAAAAAUCAUGAGUCCCAGUCUAAAACCAAUGAGUCCCAGUUGAAGAAACAAUGAAUCCGAAAUUGAAAAUGCUUGGGCUUUUAGGUACCCAGACAGUUAAUCUGCAUGAAGACAGACUCCAAAACUCUUUACAACAGUAUACUGAAAUUAAAAUAUAGUCCUUUAUUUUAAGGCACAACAUGUAUGCAACAUUAAACAACAGCCUUAGUAACUGCCACGGAAAUUACAUGAACAGAAUAUUUCUACAAAAACACAUGGAUCAAAUGAUCAAUCUUUGCGUCCUAUGGGAUGCAUGCAAUGAAUUAUUUUGCAUCUUUAAGGAUUUUUAUGUGUCAGGAAUGCAGGAUGCUGCGGUAACACAAUCAUUGUCACAGUUUAUAUUCUAAUGAGUCAACACCAUCAAUUUUCUCAGAACAAUAUCAAUACAAAUUAAGAUAAAAGGUUUUGAGCAUGAGAUAAGGUACAUGUACGCUCAAGGGAAAAUACUUUGAUCAGUAAACAAAUUUUUUUGACUAAUUCUAAUGAUCAGUCAGUCGUGAGAAUUUGUGUGUGGAUUCUGGGACUUAAAGGGUUAAAACACUUAACAACUUGAAAUUUUCAUAUAAACCAAAGUACUCUGAACUUCCCACACAUUUUUGACAUAGUGGAAAGUAACCAUAGACUCUCAAUGAUGUAGUAAAUUAUUGUUUUUGCAGGAUGUUAGUCCAAGCCCUGAAUUCUUUUAUCAGACUUCCAAAUCGGUGAUUCCUGUAUUUAUAGGUAAAGAAAUUUACAUAUUUCAAGUAAAUACACAAGCUCUUGUGUGCAUGCAUGCUGUGAACAAGAUAUUUAUCAGUGAAUAUUUUGCAGAAGCAAACUCAGCCUGUAGUGGCCAGAGCAGAGACAAAGAAGAAACUGUUGGUGACACCAGUACUGAUAAUGAGAUAAGGUAGACUAGGAAUAAAGACAAUAUGUCAGAAUUUUCCGGAUAGAUUUUACUGUCUACAGAGCUGCACUUUCUGAAAAAUUGUAGGGUUGAACUCAGGCUUGAAAAAAGUCCCAUCCAGUUGUCUGGGACUCGUAGGUUUUGUUGGUCAGAAGCAGAGUAACUUUUUAAGCUCUCUUGCCUUUUUAUCUGCAAGGGUCCGGGCAAGUCAUCUUGCAACUACAUGUACAUGUAGACCUUUAAUAAAGACGUACAAAAUUAAAUGAAAAUUAAGAUGGAAUCCAUCAGGAGAUUGAGUAAUUUUAAUCUUUCAGUGGAAAAAACCCUUUACCAGAAUAAUUAAAAGCGUAUUGCAUUCUUUUUUACAUUUUUCAGGGGCCAUACAUGUAGAUGUAAUAAGUCAUGUGUAAUAACACCAAAGAAAAUUCUUAUGGGAGCCCAAGAAAAUAAAUGUCAAACUUUACAAAAUGACAUGUAAUUUUCAGAAUUUUACCUGUGUUUUCACAAUUCUUGUAAAAUUUGUUAUUCAUUUUCUGGGGCUCCCACAAGAAAUUAGAUGUACAUCUAUAGCCUUUGAAAAAUGUGAAAAAGAAUGCGAUAUUGUUUAAAUUACAUUGCCUGCACCAAGACUUGCACCCUUGGAGGGGCAAGCUUAAAAGAACUAGAAAUAUGUUAAGAGUUUUUUUUCUAGAGCAAUUAAGGGAAUAUUUUCAAUGGUUUCCAGAAAGUAAUAUGCAGCGAAUUUGUUGCAAACUAGUAUGUAGUGAAUUCAACAAGACUAGUGAAACCAGUUGUUACCAUACAAAGUCAUGUGCUAAUGAAUGAAUCUGUCACAAUGCCAGGUCAAUAAUGUCAUGGGAAGUGGUUCCUCCAUCCCACAGAAAACUUCAGCUUCAUCUUUUAUCACCAGAGAGGAUUAGGGGGUGGAUCAUCGAAAACCUGCCAAAAGUUCAAUAUUUAAGGUGAUGAGUUAUUCAGUUGUGCCUUGUCAGUGUAAUAAUACAUUUACACCCUUAAAUGAAAGAAGAUCAACGCAGCUAUAGAUGCAGCUGUUGCAGUUGUGAAAUGAAAGCCUGAAAAAAUUCAGGCUGGUUUGGAGUUGGAACCCUUGAUCUCUGCAACACCAGUGCAGCACUCUUUGCAACUGGCCAAGUGGAACCUACCCCUAGUGCUACAUAACAUUGAUCAAUAUUGUAAAAUGUCAUAAACCACUUUGAUUAAAAAGUAAAAUAAAUAAAUAAGUAACAAUUUAGAGGUAGCACCUCUGCUAGGUGUUUCUUCAUUUACCUGAUUCCUGGUCGAAUUUGGAAUUUGGAAAUGUUGGUUUUGAGGAGAGGGAAAAACCAGAGUACCCAGAGAAAAACCUCUCAGAGCAAAUGGGGAGAACCAACAACAAACUCUAUACCCAUAUAUCGCUUUGACGCCAGGACUCAAACCCACGCUACAUUGAUUCCUAACUAGUAUAGGAAAAGAGUUUUAUCAAAUCACACCCAAAAACACCAAACCAUGGCUUCUGCACAUGCCUGAACUUAGAAAACUGUAAUAUAGGGUAUAAAGAAUGAAAGCCAGCUUUGUGCUUGAGAUCUGAAUAAUGUUUUGGAUGGCUUUGCCGUUUUCUUGACACCGUGAAGUGGCUUGACCCGCUUCAAAAUUUCUUUUUUUGUUUGUUAACACUCACUCAAUAUUUCUUCAAUUUUCUGGCCACAGCUCUCUUGAAGGUGCCAGUGAUCGUCUUGUGAGUUUUGUGUUAUCCUGUCUUCAAGAGGAGAAAGUUGCUAACCCCGAGGGUAUGGAACAAAUGCUCCAGGAUCUCCUUGGUAAUGGUAAGAUUAAAAACGUGCAGUAGAACUAUGUCACCUUUGGCUUAUCGUGUUUGUCAAAACACAUCCUAAUCUGGUGUCCCUGUGGCACAAAGGCAGAAAUUUUCGAGCUAUCACAGGCCACUGCAAAUUAGCCACCCCUAUUAAUUUUAUCAGGGUCAUCCCAGCCGGGAAACUGGACACCCUUUGACUCGAUUUUGUUUCUGUAAGUGACGAACGCAGAUCCAUAAUCAUUGAUUACCUCUAGUCGUAGACAGGGUAUAUGGCUUUACAGUGAGUUUGGGGGUAUGCUUAACCUGGCAUGACUGUAAUACCAUUAAUACUGUUUGACUGUGCAGUGAUUUUUUUCAUUAAUUUUCUCCCAAGACCUAUUGUUUCUUCUUUACAGGCACUCAGUCAUUCGUUUUAAGUUUGUGGAAAUUUCUUACUGUUUCCAUCGCCAAAGAAAAUUGUCAGGUUUGGAUUUUUUUCUGUUCUAUUCCAGACAUGUUAAUGCCAAAACAACGUUAUCAGUCAGAUAUAUUUUGUUCAUUCUUCUAGGCUGGUGUAGAAAAAGCUAAGCAAGAUUUGCCUUUGCCAAUGGACCGUGUAAUAAGUGAGUUAUCGCCUCAACAGCGCCUUGCUGUCUAUGAGCACGUUGUGGAGGUCAGUAAAUCAGCUACUUAAAAACUUAGUGUCAUUGUAAAAGAUCUUUUUUCCUUUAUACUUCUUUCACGAGAUAACCCGAGGAUCUGGUUCUUGUUGGUGUUCAGUUUUGUUGUAGGCAAUCCGCGUUGUUUGGAUUCUUGUGGAAAACAGAUGAUCAAAUAAGAGUGAUCCUUUCUGUGUAACGGUUACGUGAACAGCCUCAAAUUCCUCGUACUACUGCAGUCCAUGCAUGGAUCUAAAACUUUAACACCAGUGAACUAAAUCGAAUGCUCAGUCUGAAAUGGGGUAGGAGGUCGCGGGAUUGAUACCGGCGCCUGUAUCGGUAUUUACUGCGGGUCGUAAUAUAGUUCCCACGGAAGUAGGUACUGCACUACUCCUAGUCCAUAGCGUGCUUCUGAUGAGCACGAAAAUAAUUAUUAGUACUUCAUGUAACAUAUCAAGCAUGAGAGCCAGUGUUUCAUCACCCGAUGAAACACCGAGAAGAGAGUUGAAAAUACGACACGCAGCGGAGUAUUUUUGAUGAACUUCGAGGUGUUUCAUCUGGUGAUGAAACACUGUGUCAAAUGCUUGAUUUUACUUCUCCAACAACAUGAUUUUAGAAGGGGGAAAUUUAAGGAUACAAAAUGAGCAUUUUUUUAUCUGAUUUCCAAACACUCAUUCAACCUUAAUUUCCUUUGAAUUUUCUUCAUGAAUUAUUGAUGGUUUGAGAAGUAUUUUGGAUGGUAUCCUUGGUUUGCAACCACGUGACAAGGUGACCAUGUUGGUGGUAAAUACAAUAAAAUUCUUUUCGAAUAAUUUACAUGAAACUGGGUUUUGUUCCCAGAGGAGAGAAGGUCGUCACUUGUUUCCAUCCGCCAAACUGACAUUUUCCUCUCAGUGGCCCUCACAAGAGAUUUCACUUUUCUUACAUUAAAUUUCUCUGUCUCUUGAAAUUUCUGUUCAUAAAAGUCUAAGUCUCUUCAAUUUUUAAGGGAAAAAAAAUUGAGAAUGGCACGAGUAGGAUUCGAUCGCCUACACCACCAAGGAUUUGCUGACAAUGGAUAGUUUGAUUUGAAUAAAUAUAGCAACAACCCUAACCCUAACCUAACCCUAACCCUUAUUUUGUGUACGAAUCAUUAAUCUGUCAACGUCAGUUUGGCGAAUGGAAAUAAGCGUUGACCAGGAGAGUACUGCUUUUGUCCUUGACCACCAGCAUGGCCACCGUGACGUCACCUGCACACCAGCAAAUCUCUCUUCGUCUUACUGAAAUAGUUCAUUCCGUUUGUGCGCAAAGGUUUCUAAAGCCAAACGAGAAGGACCAAAGGAGGAGCUUGAUGCUGAGUUGGAUCCAAACCCGAACCAAUCAAAAGGUAAAGUCGGACAUUUUCACAGGACUUGUAAGCAGAAUAACUUUAGUACUGUAUUUUGCUGGCUCCUCAGGUGGACUUUUACUGUGAACCACUGAUAUUUUGAUAUUUUCUCCACCACCCUCCAUUUGCUUUCCAUUUACAGACGAGGACAAUAGUCUCCCCAAGUCUCGAUUUGAAGUGUUAGCUGAACAGCGCGACUACAAACGCCGACGGCAAAGCUACCGAGCCAAGAAUGUUCACAUUACUAAAAGAAGUGCGGUAGAUGUAUGUAUUAAUACUUUCCUCUUUUAGUUUAAACCCGCCUGUUUUUUCACCGACGUCAACUUCGAGAAGUUCCCCGAUAAAAAAUUCUAACCAAGGUAAUUUUUUAUGGUAGCGUUUAACAGAGAAAUUCUUUCUUCCAAUGGACGAAACAAAGAUGGUUGCCUGUCCUUGAAGAGAUUCAGAAGUUCUUUAAACUAAAGGAAGCAGAGGGUUAGGAGCUCGAGCCUAAGCAUCAUCCUUCGGCAAACCCUGGCGUAGAUUUUCCUCCGCCUGUUCUUCUCAGGCUGAAUUUGGGACAUUGAUAACUUCCUCUCAAUGCUUAAACCCCAAAGAUCAACUUCCUCAUUUUUCUGUUGUGUCUCUUUAGGUCAUGCGUGAUCUGAUCGAAACACAAAUGCAUGUCCUGGAGAUGCAGCUUAGAGGUGAACAUGGUACAAGCGGAAAUAAUUCAACCGAGGAGGGGACUUCUGAAGAUAAGGAGAGUCGGGACGGUAGAACCGACCUAAAGGACUGCAAGAGAAGGGACAGUAGAGAUGAUGAAGGACAGAGGGAAACAGAAAGAAACAGACGACAACACAACAGAGAGGGAAAUAAACGAGUACGAUAUUACGAUGAUAGAGAUGCUGAAAGCAAAAGAUCGAGAAGAUAA